AUGUUGGCUCGUGCUGUCGCUGGUGAAGCCGAAGUUCCUUUCUUGUUUGCUUCUGGUUCAAGCUUUGACGAAAUGUUUGUCGGUGUCGGAGCAAAGCGAGUGCGCGAGCUGUUUGCCGCUGCCAGGAAAAAGUCCCCGGCCAUCAUUUUCAUUGAUGAACUGGAUGCCAUCGGAUCCAAACGAAGUGCCAAGGACCAACACUACAUGAAGCAAACCCUCAACCAGCUUUUGGUUGAGCUUGAUGGUUUCGAACAGUCUGAGAACGUUGUCGUUAUCGCCGCAACCAAUUUCCCCGAGUCUCUCGACAAGGCCUUGACUCGUCCUGGACGUUUUGACAGACAUGUCGUCGUUGGUCUCCCCGAUGUUCGCGGACGUAUCGAAAUCCUCAAGCAUCACAUGACCGGUGUCCAGUCUGACGUGGACGUCGACCCUAGCGUCAUUGCUCGAGGCUGUCCGGGUAUGAGCGGGGCAGACUUGCAAAAUUUGGUCAACCAAGCGGCUGUGAAGGCCUCUCGUGAUGGUGCCACCAAGGUCCAAUUGUCUCACUUCGAGUGGGCCAAGGACCGAAUUCUCAUGGGGGCCGAGAGGAAAUCACACUACGUCACUGAGGCUUCCAAGAGGGCAACUGCUUACCACGAAGGUGGGCAUGCCCUCGUUGCGUUGCAUACACCCGGCGCCAUGCCGCUUCACAAAGUUACGAUCAUGCCUCGAGGCCAGGCCCUUGGUAUCACCUUCCAGUUGCCGGAACAGGACAAAGACUCGUACUCACGACGCGAAUAUAACGCGAUGAUUGAUGUCGCCUUGGGCGGUCGUGCGGCAGAGGACAUGAUCUUUGGGCACGAUGAUGUCACGUCAGGAUGUUCGAGUGAUCUUCAGCGUGCCACAGACGUUGCUGCCAGGAUGAUCAGAAGUUACGGAUUCAGCGACAAGAUUGGGUUGGUGGCACAUGGCGAUGAGGAAUCUGUCUACUUGUCGGGCAAGAAGAAGGAUGAGAUUGAAAGCGAGAUCAGAAGCUUUCUUGAUACAAGUAUGAACCGAGCCGCCGAUUUGCUCAAGACGCACGAAGGCGAACUUCACAAGCUGGCAGAGGCUCUCGUAGAGUAUGAGACAUUGUCUCUCGACGAAGUCAAACAAAUUCUCGCAGGCAGACGGUUAGACAGACCGACAAGCGAGGGUGCAAGCCUGGUAGGGGAGGCAGAGAGGGAGGGUAAAGGCGCGGUUGUAGAAGGCAUUUGA